AUGGUGUAUGUCAGAGUGGAAACCAAGCCACGAGGUCGAGAGAAUUGUCCGUAGACCUGCCAUUGUUGUCUCCCUUUUUCUUUUUUUUUUCCAACUUCCAGAGGGGGUCGUAAAAGAGAAAAGCUGGAUCUAACACUUAAAGUUGGUCACAAUGUGGCAUACUACUGCAAGAAAAAGGAAAAAUGGGCUUACAUGUUAUGCUGUCCUUCCAAAAGGGUAAUGAAAUUAAUAUUUUUAUGGACAAAUUGCUACUUCAACUUUAGAGCUGAAUAUAGGGAAUUGCCCAAGGGAUAUCAUCGGGCACCCACCCUAUGGAGUAACCCUCAGGCAACAAGAAACGGCAAAGAAAAAAACAACUUUAACCGACAAAACCAGGGGCAUCCAUUAGGAAACUUCCCCACUAGAGGAGCACCUACAGUGGCACUGCUUUAUGAUUUCUCACAUGUGAUACAAUACAGGGUUGCAUUCCACUGCAUUCUGUGCUGGAUAUGACACCCUUUGGAACACUGUCAUGUGGCGGGCACUCCAUAAUGGAACCCUUUUCCAAUGGAAGGGCACACAGGGAACGCCAACCAUUUUAAGGGGCACCAAGACAUUGCAUCAUGUUUUCAACAGUAGAAGGACAAUCAUUAAGACAUGUUCUUGAAUUUUACUCAUUUCCACUUAUUGUUUGAAGUGGUACUCUAGGGCACGGAAAUAUUUUUGUCAUGGUCAGCCAAUUGGACACUUUUGAGGGCACAUUUUUUCAACAAUAGAGGCACCCCUCUGUGUCUGCCAGUGAUUCUGCAUGACUGGAAACGGUUGUAUGCUCUUUUCUUAUUCUUAUGUAAGGUCUUUGUUGGCACAUUGUUAUGGUUGGAACAUGAUGCACUUCUCUAAAUAGACACUAGGGGUGACCUUUCCUCCUAUAGCAUGCCACAACAAUGACCAGGACGCUUUUAAUACCUGUAUUCCACCAGGCUGAGAGAUCCAUUUGUUGGGGCUGCAUAGAUGCAGUUCAGUGUUGACUAAGUUUCUCUCAGUACAGCUAGCUGCAGUAUACAAUGUUUCAUUACUUCGUGGCCUACACAGCGUUCCUCUGCAGCAGAUGGUUGCCGAGAGAUCAGAGACUCCGAUUUCAGAUCAUUCUGGUGACAUUUGUAGUGGUUCUCCUCACUCCACAACUAUAUGUCUUGACCAGGCCAAGAUCAUCUCGAUAUUGCCAGCAGCCUAUCCUCAAUAACCUCAUAGUCUUCAUUAUCUUCUCAUUCAUAGCAACAGGUUUUUCUGUGGCUCUCACACUCCUGGACCCAGUUCCACAGAGUUUCAUUGUGGCCUUCCAUCUGUUUGGAGUCCUUUCAUUUGCUCAUGGGCUGUGCACCACGCUUCUGACUCUACUUGCGACUGACUGUGCAUGGACAACGACAGAACUCUACUACCUUUCCCUUGUUCUGUCUUGGGCUUGUAUUCUCUCCACAGGCUUUUUCAUGGCCAGAGCAAGCCUUUGGCUGAUCAGCAAGAUGUGGCCAAGCUGGGUGAAAGAAAAGAGCAUCUGGAACAAUCUUUGAGCCAAAGGACUAUUCACGUCCAUGCUGAUGCCUCUUAAUUAUUUAUGCUGUUUCCAUGCCAGUGCGAGAACGAUACUCAAAUAGGGAACAAAGAUCCUAUUACAACCAAGUACUCUGGGCAGCAGAGGGAAACCAGUCCCUUUUUCAUACAAAGUUUGUCAUGUAACUUUGACUCAUACAGGCACAAAUAGUUUUCACUUCUUCAUCCUUUUUACAUUUUCUUUCCCAUUUAGCAGAGAAAGAAUGAGUUUACCUCAAAUGUUUAUAUGCCUCAUGAGACCGGGUGCAAAGUACAGUCCUGUAUUUUAAUCAGUAUUAACAAUUUCCCAGCAAGUCUACUCGACCAGUGAGGACAGCUGACCGCUCACGUUGUGUGACAGUGAGAGGUCAGUCUGUUCAGAGCCAUUGUGGCAGCCUACUCAGAUGUCAUCGGCAUAUAGCUUUGUGUUGGAUGCCAAGCUUUUAUGUGCGGUUGAUCCUCUUUCAAGCACUAGUGGAAAGCGAGAGAUAGUAGAGUGCCACCCCAACAAUGCCAUUCUGUCAAUUCAGC